UCUCUUCAGAGCACUUUCUAAGGUGCUUAUAAAUAGAAAAAUUCCUCAUAGCUGGUCCCUUUCUACUCUUCAGAGCUCUUUUUCAACUCUGAAAAAAUGUCUAGAUUGGAGAAACUACACAAAGACCUGGGCCCAAUCCUGUGUAUCUUGAUCAUGGUUUUGGACAUAGUAGCAGGGAUACUUGCCAUUGAAGCUGAAAAGGCUCAGCACAAGGUGACACAUGCAAGGCUGUGGAUAUUUGAGUGCAGAAGCCCAAGCCACAAAUCUUACAACCUGGGGUUGGCUGCAUCAAUAUUUCUGAUAAUGGGGCAAGUCACUGCUAACCUGCUUGGUGGAUGCAUAUACAUAAGGUCCAAGAAAGAACUAGAAGAAGCAACAGCAAACAAGAAGCUUGCAAUGGGUUCCCUCAUUUUUGCAUGGAUUAUAUUAGCAGUAGCAUUCUCGUGUCUGAUCAUAGGGACAACAGCAAACUCAAAAUCGAAGAAAUCUUGCACGAUACUUCACACCCAUUUUCUGUCCAUAGGAGGGGUUCUGUGUUUCAUUCAUGCACUGUUUUCCGUUGCUUAUUAUGUGUCAGCCGCCGCAGUUGCUCGAGAAGAAAGGAAGCAGCACCACCCUCAAGCCGCAUCUGCUUCAGUGUAGCCCCAUUUUUUUGUGCCCGUCUAUGUAGCCUGGUACAGAUUUCAGCAUGGCCAUCGUUUCCAUUGCUGCCAUGUUCCAUGUGAAAGUAAAUGUUUUGGCUUUUUAAAGUCAA